CUCCUAGUCACGAAUCGCGGCUUUGGAUUUGCCUUCGUUUCGCAGGUCUUUUAGAACGUGUGUUUGAUGCUCCUUUUUUCUUCUUCGUUUCUGUUCCUUCUUCUUUUCACCAUCGCCGUGUCGUCUUGCUGCUCUGCAAUGUUUAACCCUAACCCUUGUACCGCAGACCUGGACCGGUUUCUGUGAGACUUACGACGCCGCCAAGCCCUUGGGUUGCGUCAUUGCGAGUCCAUGACGUAGACAGAAUUCAGCGACCCCGCCUCCCCCAAGGUUUCAACGACACGGGGUAUUUCUGGGCCACCCUCCAUAAUUCGCGUUCUUUUUACUUCGAUCUUGCACCAACCUUGUUGCCUCUUCCACACCAUAGAACUCCGCAUAUUCUCCACGGGCUGCUAGAGCACUGCAAAAGCACUGCAAUCCAGUCUUAACACACUGUCACGGCAAAUUAGCAAACAUGAUGCACAACGCCCUCUUCUCGAGCUUCAUCGCCCAGCUCUGCCUGGCCGCCCUUGCCCUGGCUGCUCCCAUCGCUGACGAGACGCUGACAACCACUGGCCAUGGCAACUCGUGGCAAUACGGCACGGGCGGUGGAAUUCUCGGCUUGAUAAUUUUGAUCCUCGACAUCAUCGUCUUCAUUGAGGUCUUGAAAUCCAACCGGCCGCCCUCUUCUAAGCUCAUCUGGUGUCUCAUCGUCUUCCUGUUCCCCGUCAUUGGGAUGGCCAUCUACUGGUUGUUCUCAAACCGCUCGUCUCACAACAGCGGCUCUGGAUACGAGCCCUUGGCUUAAUUUGUCUCCACCAACCCUCAGGGUGCCGGCAUGUUCACCGAUUAAGCCCCGGCUACUCCUUGCUUUCGCCUUUGGCUGAUCCACGUCUUGAUGGGGAGGGGGGAGAUGGAGUAUACAUUUAUCGGUUGGUCGCUGGCCUAGACUGUCCUACUAAAUCCGCUGUUGCGGAUUAUGCCUUUGUUCCAGAAUCAAUGCAUACGAGAACGGGAGGGAAUGAUAGGAUUAGGGGGUCAAGUCUGUGUAUUGGCGACGCAGCCUCCAUUCAGACGGCGACGACAUGUUCUUCUCAGGGGGACGCUGCUGCGACGCGAGUGCUAUUAGUAACUUACUUGGAGGUAACUUUCUUAGAUCACAGUCACACUUAAUAAAAUUUUAGUUCCUCCUUU